AACUUCCACACACUGGAAAAAAAAACUUCCAUCUUUGUGUUCUUUGGAAUCCCUAAAAAUCUCUGAAAAUGUAUACUUUGAACACGAUCAUGAGGCAGAUGAAGGAACUCGAGAGAGUUAACAGCGAUAUUUUCAGUGCAGAACCGGUUGAUGGAGAUUUGUACCAUUGGAAAGUGAUGCUAAUGGGGCCAAAAGAUUCCCCUUACGAAAACGGCGUGUUCGAACUCACCAUGCACAUCCCUCCUGAAUGCCCCUUUAAGCCGCCGAAUGUCUCGUUCAACACCAAAAUCUUCCACCCAAACGUGGGUGAACAUGGAAACAUCUUUCUUAAGAUGUUGAAGAACGCGUACUUCUCGCCCAUCUACACAAUCAACCGAAUGCUCAUUGAACUUCACGCGAAGUUAACUGCACCAGAGAUUGGCGAUGAUGACCACUAUGACGAAACGAUUGCCAAGCUAUAUUGGGACGACAAAGCAGCGUUCGAUUCGGUUGCUCGUGCAUGGAUGGUCGAGCACGCUGGGGGGCCUGAAAAAUAA